CGUGCCCAAACAGUGUGCGCACACAAUGAAUACCAUCCCAUCAUGUUUCACAGUCACCGUCGCGUUUCUCGUUGUCGCGAUCGGCGGUAGAGUCGCGUCUUGCAUGGAUAUCGUGCGGGCCAGGAAGUGCUGCCCGUUGAACUGGCAGUACGAUCCGGAAGUGCGGUUCUGUCGACCGGUCGAGACGGACGUUGACGAGUACCAGCAGAGGAUGCUGAAUCGACUGUGGCGCGGAUUCCAGGUGGCAGCCAAUGCGAGGUUGAGGAUGUACAAUUAUGGGGCGCUGAUAUAUUGCAACGCCACGGAAGUGCUAGUCGACGUGCCCGCCGAGGAAGUGCGUGGGCUGAUGGAGGCGCACCCGUCGCCCAUCGAGUUGCCGCCGAAGUACUGCUUCGACCUGACGCCGUCCUACAAGCUGGUGGCCCAGACGUGUCGGCCACGCGCUCAGUACUGCGGCCGGGCCAAUUACACGUGCGUCAACAAGUGCUGCAACGUCGGAUAUAUGUACGUCAUGGACCCCUUCCAUUUUGGUCCGGAUUGGAAGCAGAGCGAGAAGCCGUUCAUGUCGACCGCCUAUAUGAAACAGACACGGACCGCUGUCCUUUGGGCUGGACGAACAGCACGGUGCUGCCGUACCACGCCGAUCUCCUGUGUUCCCGCGUGAUAUUGUUAAACGACGGUUCAUGUUGACCACGAAUGGCAGCCUUUACAUCAUCUACGAACACGGCGAAUUGAUCGUACCGGACACUGAGUAUACUGCUUGGGGUCACUGAGGCCGGGCCACAGGUGGCUGAGAGUCUACGUGCGAUGAUAUGCGCCAAACACAUCGAUCCCACACAUGGCAGUUUGACGAGCUUAGUCGUUUUGACUAGUUUCGUGACGUCUGCCGUGUGCCUGGCACUCACGCUGCUCAAAGGCUACUACGUCUUUUGCUACUUGAUCUGGCCUGGUCUGCCUAACGAUCCAAAAGCGGAAACAUAUUAACAGAAUUUUUUCGUUUCCAUUCGAUAAUGUAAAAUGCUACUUUGACGUUCAUGCAAAACAACUCAAGGACAAUAUUAAUAAGAUGGAAACGUUUACUAUUCCUGAAAUGUGCAAAUCAAAAUGUUCCGUAAAAGAUCAAGAAGAAACAGAAAAUGAUACACAACAAAUUACCAAGGAAAAUGAAAAAGUGUUGGCUUAAGUUAAUCUUGAAUGUUGAAAUUUGUAAUUUAAUAAUAAAUAAUAUAAAAUCCGGUUGGACGAAUACUUUAGUAUUACUUGUAGUCCGUAGGUUCCAAAUGCAAUUAUUAUCACUUUUAAAUUAUUUAUUAAUUUAUUUUAUUGAUGUCUAAUUAUAAUAAUUUUUUUAAGUUAUUAAAUAGCUUUUAUGCACGUAGGUACCUAUG